UCUAAGUCCACGAAGUCUGACAGGUCACUUUACAAGAUGUUGACUGAGCUCUCUUCCUCUCUCAUCUAAUACUCUACCCCCGUCCUCAUCCCCACUUCCGUCACUCAUCAUGGAACACUCCGCUACUCAACCGCCUCUGCGAAUCAGCACCCGUCGAACGAAUCUGACCGUUGUCCAGGCCAAGGGUAUCGGAACAGUCUCCAGAAAAUUGCGCCCGACCGGUCGUUCGCUAUUGGAACUCUUCACACCCUCGGCGACAGAGACAAAUCAACGCCACAGGUAAGACUGAGCGGAUGUGGGACCUUCC